AUGCUUCCUAGCAAACACAAGACAAGUAGAAGAUGGCUGUUCCUUCUCCUAGAUGAGCCUUCCCUUUCUAAUAUUUAUCACUCUUUCGAGCGUUCACCCAAAGUUCGUUUUAGCAUUUGGAUCUACCAAACUCAAAACCAAGCCACAACAGGGCACGGAUAUAUUGAAAUGACAACGCCCGUCAAAAUGAGCGGCAUAAGAAAGAUCCUUGGCGGGUCUGCCUUAUUGGAGAUAGCCAAAAGAAAGAGAGACGACAUAAUUCGCGGCCUUUCAAUCACCACAAACCCACAACUAGGUCCAUUCACUUAUGGCGAACAAGAACUCAAAAAGGGCGGUCGACCCAAGAAAGCAAUAAUCACACCCCAACCCACGCCCGAGGAAGAAUCACCACUCUUCGCCCAUGUUCUUACAUCCUUCAACAACCACCCAGACCCUCAUCUUGCCCAAACCCAAACCUCCCACCAGCCGCAUCAACUAAUCAAUUAG